CUUGACAGUUUUUCAGUGACAGUGACAGUUUUGUAAAAAAUUGUUGUUUUGUAUAGUUGUGUUUUGUAUAUAAAUGACGUCUGGCAAGGAUACAAUGGGUGAGCAACCUAUCUUCACAUGCAAGGCUCAUGUAUUCCACAUUGAUCCGAAAACAAAGCGGUCAUGGAUGCCGGCUUCAAGUACAGCAGUUAGCGUUUCAUUUUUUUACGAUUCUUCCAGAAGUUUGUACAGAAUUAUUAGUGUAGAAGGUCAAAAGGCUGUUAUAAAUAGUACUGUUACUCCUAACAUGACUUUUACAAAAACCUCGCAGAAAUUCGGACAAUGGUCCGAUGUUAGAGCUAAUACUGUAUAUGGACUAGGUUUCUCCUCAGAAGCUGAACUUCAGAAAUUUAUUGACAAAUUCAACGAAGUAAAAGAAGCCACCAGAUCUGCCAUAAGUAAGGUAACUGCCAAUGGUGGGACAGCAGUGACUCCAGUUACAAGUGCAAAUGCUAGUCCUAUAACUACCAGAGCUGCUACUGCUGCUCCUGAUCAGUCCGACAAUCUACUUGAACCUCCUGGUUGCGCUGCCAUGCCAGUACCUAGUAACGCCAAAGCAGAGGAUGAGGUGCCCCAUCCUCGCAGCCAUUCAAUCUCUGGCAUGCAAAGCAACGAGAGUCCUAGCCAUCAAGUCAAGAUGGAUAAAACUCAAUAUAUAACUGCUAACACCAACCCCAUCGAUAUGCAGUUGAAAUAUGAAAACGAUAGAUUGAAGCUCGCGUUGGCCCAAAGGGGUUACACCACUGUAACUUCUUAA